AAUCUAGAUAAUACUGAACUAAUACCACCUAUACUCAUCUAGACCAUAUAAUUUAAAAAAAAAUCUCAUUACUCUGGAGAUGCUCCCAAUAUCUUAGACACUGGUAAUCGAAUCACACUAAUAGAGUUUAAUUUCCCAGGAUUAGUUAUAUUUGUUAAAGAUGUUUCAAAACCUUACCAUCUAUACAUAUUAAGGCGUAACGUAAAUAUCCCCCCCAUGCUAGGCCACAAGAAUUCUCACACUGCCCCCAGCCCCAGUGUCUAUUCUGAGCCCAUCGAUCUGUAUAGCUCCUCAGAUGCCCUGGGGGCAGAAUUUUCUACCUGCUUCACGGAGCUGCAGCACAACUUUGUUCUUUCCCGGCCCACAAAACUGAAGGAUUUAAUUCGCCUGGUGAAGCACAGGUACAGACAGUGUGAAAGGAAAUUAAAGCAGAAGGUGAAUCUACCCCCAAAGUACACCCUGGAGCUGCUCACCAUCUAUGCCUGGGAGCACGGCAGCGGCACAGUGAAUUUUAACACCGCUGAAGGUUUCUGUACGGUCCUGGAGUUGAUCACAAAAUACCAGCAGCUCUGCAUCUUCUGGACAGUCAAUGACAACUUGGAGGAUGAGACAAUGAGGAACUUCCUACUGACCCAGAUCCAGAGAACCAGGCGCCUCCCACCCAGCCCCUCCUUUUCUCCAUCUGCUUCCCUCCAACAUAAUUCCAGCAACCCGGCUUCACUUUGCUGGGGUCAUGAUUCAUUAUUCUUCAUGUGAACCUUUUUGGGAGGUGGGCGGUACCCAGCAGUCCCCCAAGGUCUCAAGCGCCACCAUCCCAGGGAAGCAGGAGACAAUGCCACCCAGAAGAAGAGGACCCAGAUACCGGGUCCGUGACUUGCCUUCAUCUUUCUCUGUCGCAAGGGAAAGCACGGAUUCAUUAGCAGGCCUACGAGACACGCAGGUUGGAAGCGUGUCCCUGAGAAACGAUGCCAGCAUUCACGGUGGAUAUCCUGCAGGGUUUUCUAUCAGGUCAGGUUUUCUCUGCCCUCUCAGGCCUGCAUCCCGCCAAGCCUGUGUGGCCUCCAAGAAUGGCGAGGAAUCUUACUGUACCUGCUCAGCACCACCAGCAGGGGGCAGAAGCAAGGGACACAAAGGAAGGAGGCGAAAGGAGGCUUGAUGAGGAAGAGGGAGUGAUUCACCUGUUCUGGGCUUUCUGGGGGAAGGACCAGGAGGCUGUCAUGAGAAUCUGUCCCCAUCUGGGUGUCUCUCCCCUCUGGAGUGGGGUUGGGAG